CUCUCAGACGCCUACCGGUUUCGCCAGCACGGCAGUGGCGGCUCUCUCGGCUCCAGCCAGCGGGUCCAGUGAGGGCGAGCUGAGGCGGAGAAAGGGCGCGGAACUGGAAGUGGGUGAGUCAGGCACUGUCUCUACGCGAUAAAGGGAGGCGGCACCGCGGCGCAGGGCUGAAUUAAGUAAGUGCGGCCCGAGCCGCGGUCUGUUCCGCGACGCCGCUGUCUUAGCGUCAGCGAAGGAAGGGUGAGGAGGAGCCAGAGCCGGGUCCCUGCCGCCGUUCUCGCGCUCAGCGUCCCGCCGCCAUCUCCACCAUGCAGUCCCGGGAAGACGCUCCGCGCUCUCGCCGCCUCGCCAGUCCCCGCGGUGGGAGGCGGCCCAAGAGGAUUUCUAAGCCCUCGGUUUCGGCCUUUUUCACAGGCCCAGAAGAAUUAAAGGACACGGCUCAUUCUGCAGCCUUGCUGGCACAGCUCAAGUCCUUCUACGACGCGCGGCUGCUGUGCGAUGUGACCAUCGAGGUGGUGACGCCUGGCAGCGGGCCUGGCACCGGUCGCCUCUUUUCCUGCAACCGCAACGUGCUGGCCGCCGCGUGUCCCUACUUCAAGAGCAUGUUCACGGGCGGCAUGUACGAGAGCCAGCAGGCGAGUGUGACCAUGCACGAUGUGGACGCUGAGUCCUUCGAGGUGUUGGUCGACUACUGCUACACGGGUCGUGUGUCCCUGAGUGAGGCCAAUGUGCAGCGUCUGUAUGCAGCCUCCGACAUGCUGCAGCUGGAGUAUGUGCGGGAAGCCUGUGCCUCCUUCUUAGCCCGCCGUCUUGACCUGGCCAACUGCACUGCCAUCCUCAAAUUUGCUGACGCCUUUGACCAUCACAAGCUACGCUCUCAGGCCCAGUCCUAUAUAGCUCACAACUUCAAGCAGCUCAGUCGAAUGGGUUCAAUUCGGGAGGAAACUCUAGCAGAUCUGACCCUGGCCCAGCUGCUGGCUGUCCUACGCCUGGAUAGUUUGGACAUAGAAAGUGAGCGGACUGUAUGCCAUGUGGCCGUGCAGUGGCUGGAGGCAGCUCCCAAAGAGCGGGGUCCCAGUGCUGCAGAAGUGUUCAAGUGUGUCCGCUGGACACACUUCACUGAAAAUGAUCAGGACUACCUGCAAGGGCUGCUGACCAAGCCCAUUGUGAAGAAGUACUGCCUGGACAUCAUUGAAGGGGCCCUUCAGAUGCGCUAUGGUGACAUGUUGUACAAGUCUCUGGUGCCAAAAGCAAACAGCAGCAGCAGCAGUAGCAGCAGCAGCUCUGUUGUAUCUGCAGUAGAAAAUCCACCUCAGAGACUGGGUAUGUGUGCCAAGGAAAUGGUGAUCUUUUUUGGACAUCCCAGAGAUCCCUUUCUCUGCUAUGACCCAUACUCAGGGGACAUUUACACAAUGCCAUCACCUUUGACCAGCUUGGCUCACACUAAAACUAUCACCUCCUCAGCUGUCUGUGUCUCUCCAGACCAUGACAUAUAUCUAGCAGCCCAGCCCAGAAAAGACCUCUGGGUGUAUAAACCAGCCCAGAAUAGUUGGCAGCAGCUUGCAGAUCGCUUGCUGUGUCGUGAGGGCAUGGAUGUGGCGUACCUCAAUGGCUACAUUUACAUUUUGGGUGGACGAGACCCUAUUACCGGAGUUAAAUUGAAGGAAGUGGAAUGCUAUAGUGUUCAGAGGAACCAGUGGGCGCUGGUGGCGCCUGUACCCCAUUCUUUCUAUUCUUUUGAACUAAUAGUGGUUCAGAACUAUCUUUAUGCUGUCAACAGUAAGCGCAUGCUCUGCUAUGAUCCUAGCCACAAUAUGUGGCUGAACUGUGCUUCUCUUAAACGCAGUGACUUUCAGGAAGCAUGUGUCUUUAAUGACGAAAUCUAUUGUAUCUGUGACAUCCCAGUCAUGAAGGUCUACAACCCAGCUAGGGGAGAAUGGAGGCGGAUUAGUAAUAUUCCCUUGGACUCAGAGACCCACAACUACCAGAUUGUCAAUCAUGACCAAAAGUUGCUACUCAUCACUUCUACAACCCCACAAUGGAAAAAGAACCGGGUGACUGUGUAUGAAUAUGAUACUAGGGAAGACCAAUGGAUUAAUAUAGGUACUAUGUUAGGCCUUUUGCAGUUUGACUCUGGCUUUAUUUGCCUCUGUGCUCGUGUUUAUCCUUCCUGCCUUGAACCCGGUCAGAGUUUUAUCACUGAGGAAGAUGAUGCACGGAGUGAGUCUAGUACUGAAUGGGACUUAGAUGGAUUCAGUGAGCUGGACUCUGAGUCAGGAAGUUCAAGUUCUUUUUCUGAUGAUGAAGUCUGGGUGCAAGUAGCACCUCAGCGAAAUGCACAGGAUCAGCAGGGUUCUUUGUAAAUAGUAUUUUGAAACACUAAGAUGUUUCUACUGCUAUAGAAUGUAUCCUAAAAAGAUAUCCCUUUUUCCUGGGGGAAAAAAAGUUGAUUAAGACCACAGAUUUGGUUUAGAAAGGGUAAUAUUUUGAAAUAAUACAAAAUUUUAACAGCCCAUGUGAUCAACCUGUUUAGUAAUUUACUGUGCUAAAAGUCCAGAAUUAAAAUAUGCAAAAAGGAACUAUAUAAUUGAUUAGGAUGCUUGGUGUUUUUUGUUUUGUUGAAAUAUUCAUUGCAGCAGUGGAUUGUUUUGAUUAGUUAGUAUGUUUAUAUUUUGAUUAUUCUAAUUUAGUCUUCUGUUUAAUUUUUAAAUUCUGUUUAGUGCUACAAGGAAUUUAACUUUAUAAUUUGUUAAGAGAAAACUAGACUAGGAAUUGUUGGUCGAGUUUUGAAGGUAUAUAUUUUCCUUCAGAAUAAUGAAAGUAGAUUUCAGAAAUUUUAAACUAGUCAGUUUUUAGUAUUCUAAGUUAAAUAUAGUUUGUUAAAUUUGGUUUGGUUUUCUUCUGCAAAGAAAAAUGGAUAUGUAUAUUAAGUUACCGAAUAGUGAUUUUAUUCUGAUAAUGUGUGGAAUGGCCUUACAAGUUUACAGAAA